AUGACGGUGAUCGACAUCCUCACGCGGGUGGACGCCAUCUGCCAGAAGUACGACAAGUACGACGCCGAGAAGCUCAACGGCGCCAACGUCGCCGGCGAGGACCCCUUCGCCCGCCUCUACGGCUCCGUCGACGCCGAGAUCUCCCAGUGCGUCGAGAAAGCGGAGGCGGCGAGGCAGGAGAAGAACCGGGCCACGGUCGUCGCGCUCAACGCCGAGAUCCGCCGCGCCAAGGCCAAGCUCCUCGAGGAGGACCUGCCCAAGCUGCAGCGCCUCGCGCUCAAGAAGGUCAAAGGGCUCACAAAGGAGGAACUUGCUACCCGUAGUGAUCUGGUUGCCGCCUUGCCUGAUAGAAUUCAAUCAAUACCGGAUGGUAGUUCUAGUGCGACAAAGAAAAAUGGAGGUUGGGGAGCCUCAGGAUCCCGUCCUGGUGGAGGCGUCAAGUUUGACUCUACUUCUGAUGGAAACUUUGAUGAUGAGUACUUUAAGGGGACUGAAGAAUCAAAUAAAUUUCGUCAGGAAUAUGAGAUGCGUAGAAUGAAGCAGGAUGAAGGUUUGGAUGUUAUUGGUGAAGGGCUGGCAACUCUGAAGAACAUGGCAUCGGAUAUGAAUGAGGAAUUGGAUAGGCAAGUUCCCUUGAUGGAUGAAAUGGAUGACAAGGUGGAUAGAGCCAAUGCAGAUCUGAAGAAUACCAACGUGAGGCUAAAGCAGACCAUUCUUCAGAUGAGAUCCAGUCGCAACUUCUGCGUCGACAUUAUCCUGCUCUGUAUCAUACUUGGUAUCGCUGCCUACCUUUACAAUGUGCUUAAGAAGUGA